GUCAAUGAAGUCAUCAUGCUUGUCAACACACACGUUUGACUGAGGGAAACUGUGAAUCUGGCCGAUUUCUGUGUGAAAUCUUGCACAAAUCAUCGAAUGUAGGAGUCUGAAAAUGUUAAAGUUGGAAGUGAAAGAAGAUUCGGUGAUAUCUCCAAUGAGCAAGUGGCCGAAAGAUAUCGGACAAAAGGAUAAAUCAGGUAAAGAACUGCCCAAGUCUGAAAAUAUUACCAUUCCAGCAAUUAACCAAAAUAUGAAACAAAAUACAGAAAAUACCCACGAGUUAGGUACUCUCAUGCAACAAGAUAACAGUACACCUCAGCUAGGGGGUGAAAAGACCCCUCAGCAAGAUAACAAAAUACCCAGUAGGAUAUCAAGAAGAAAGGGAAAAGUGCCACCCAGAAAGAAACUUAAAACUGAUAUUCCUGAAGAAUCCUCAGAUGAUGAUUCUGAAUGUGGCAGAUUAGCUAUCCAUUUAAAGGAAGAUAUGAACCACAAAGAAAGCACAAUAAUAAAACAGGAGCCAAUGAUUCAAGACGAAAGAUGUUAUGGUAUAAUGCCAACAUCCUCACUAACCAAUGGACCAAAUUAUCGCUCUGUGCAAUCAGAGAAAACUUACACCAAUGAAUUGCCAGACAAGGAAUACUCAGUGGAAACCAAUCAACCUCAGACUACCAGAUUACAGACAACUUAUCCAUUACAGAAUGGUCUAAUAACUCCUAACCUUGUACCAGUGAAUCCCGCUAUCUUACAAGAUGGCCGACAGGUUUUGAUCGCUGCUCUGCCUGGUAACGUGUCUGGUAUAGCUGCAGCUGGAUCUAUUCCGUAUAUUUCGUCAGUGCCUCAGGUAGAAGGAGGAAACCCGCUAAACCUGAUUGCAGCAACUGCAGCACUGGCAUCCAGAGUUCAUGUUGUUGAUUCUCCGCAGAGUGCCGAUGACAGCAUAUCAAAUGAAGAUAUAGAUGAAAAUUCAUGCCUUUCUAAAAAAGAGAGGGCUGAGAAACAACCUGUUCCAGAUGAGCAGAAAGAUCAUCGCUAUUUUGAAAGGAGAAGACGUAACAAUGCUGCAGCAAAACGAUCACGAGAUGCCAGGAGAUUGCGAGAAGAGGAAAUGUCGCUACGAAUCUCACAGUUAGAACAUGAGAAUUCAUUUCUGCGAUCUCAGCUUGCUGCUAUGAGAGAAAAAGCCGAGUCCUUGAGGAAGAAUCUUGUUGUUGAUGACGAUGUCAAUUCUACAACAACGUAA